CAACCGGCCUAUUUAAAUGCCUUCUCCUCAUCUCCUUCCCGUGAAAGAAAAGCGGUGGAAGGAGGGAUCGGUGGUUCGAGGGGAGCGGCGCUGAUGAAGUCGGACAAGGGCGGGCUGAAGGAGUACUGGAAGCGGCCCGAGCACCGCGGCGGCGGAGACGAGGGGCGACGGCGCCUGUGCCGCGCGGAGCUCGGCGGGGGCGGGCAUCGCCGCCGGUUUUGGCGGCUCAAGAUAUCGCCGCGGCUGGGGUUCCUCCGUGCGACGUCUCCCCAGCGGAUCCUCCCCCAGAUCCGCGACGCCUACGUGCGGAUGAUGCUCCGCUUCGCCAGGGCGACCCCACUCGGCGUCACCUACGGCGGGGGCGGGGGCGGGGCCGGGGCGGCCGGGUUCGCGCGGGAGCCGCUCAGGGAGUACGACGAGAAGGUGCUCGUCGAGAUCUACAAGUCGCUCGUCGCCGACUCGGCCAAUGCGGGAGGCGCGGUCGGUUUGCGGCCAUAGGUGGCGUCAGUCCUCUCUCGCCGUCUCUAAUUUCCGUGGCGCCACCGAAUAAAGAAACUGUGUAUCCUAAAUAAAUAAAUAAAUAAAUUUUAUUUU